AUGAUAUUAAUAUGUUGGAUUUUACUCCUUCGAGUUCUGCGUAAAUUAGGAUUCAUAACUUCUGCUGAAGAAUUCAACAUUGCAAAAAAUAUAAGCGAGAUACCUUUAGAGACCUUGUGUCGAACUAAAACACACUUUUCGCUCCCAAUUGAGCGGGUCGCCUAG